AUGUCCUUCGGCACAGUCUACACCCGCGAUGGCAACCCCCGCACCGUCUCCAUCCGCGCCAUAGCCGCGGCCGACAACCUCGACAUAAGCUACCAAUUCGUGCAAGGCGCCAAAGAAGCCGGCGCCGAAUACCUCGCCCUCAACCCCUUAGGCAAGGUCCCCACCUUAGUCCGCAGCGACGGCUUCGUCCUGACCGAAACACUCGCCAUAAACUUGUACCUCGCGCAGCAGAAUCCCAAGACAACCCUGCUCGGCUCGUCGCUAGAGGAGUACGCCACGAUAAUCCGGUGGAUGUCAUUCGUCAACAACGACGUAUACGACGUGCUCGGGGGCUGGUUCCUCCCAUUAAUUGGGCGGAGGCCGUAUGUGAAGGAGAGUGUGCUGGAGCAUAUCGAGUUGACCGAGAAGAGGUUGCGGAUGAUUGAGAAUCAGCUGGGGAAGAGUCGGUAUUUGGCGGGGGAGAAGUUGACGCUGGCGGAUCUGUUUGUGUGUGGGUUGUUGGCGGCGGGGUUUCAGUGCUUUUUUGGGAGGGAGUGGAGGGAGAGUCAUCCGGAGUUUACGAGGUGGUCGAGGGAUGUUUAUCAUCAGGAGAUUUAUCAGAUGGCGUUGGCGCCGGAGAAGAGGGGGAAGUUGUUUGAGAUUGAGGUGGCGUUGCCGAAUGAGCCGUUUGAGGAUCCGACGAAGUUUGCGAGGUAG